ACGGGAGGACAUCACCCACAAAGCUCGACCACCAUGCAGACACUCGGGGUCCCUUUUUUGCUGUUUUGGCUUAUCUGGGGCCACUCCUGCGCUCUCGGCGGAAAAGUGAACAAGCACAAGCCGUGGAUAGAGACAUCGUACCACGGUGUGAUCACAGAGAACAUGGACACUGUGCUGCUGGACCCUCCUCUGGUGGCUCUAGACAAGGAUGCCCCGGUGCCCUAUGCUGGGGAGAUUUGUGCCUUCAAGAUCUAUGGUCAGGAUGUUCCAUUCGAGGCGGUGGUGCUGAAUCGCACAUCGGGAGAGGGAGUCCUGAGGGCCAGUAGCUCUGUGGAUUGUGAGAUCCAGAAAGAGUACACCUUUAUAAUCCAGGCCUACGACUGUGGGGCCGGACCCAGCGGUGCUGACUGGAAGAAAUCCCACAAGGCGGUGGUUCACAUCCAGGUAGAUGACGUUAAUGAGUUCUCGCCUGUGUUUCGGGAGCCACUGUACAAGGCGUCAGUAAUAGAGGGCAAGAUCUACGACAGCAUUCUGCAGGUGGAAGCAUGGGACCAGGACUGUUCACCACAAUACAGCCAGAUCUGCAACUAUGAAAUUGUCACUGCAGGGACGCCAUUUGCCAUAGACCGCAAUGGUAACAUCAGAAAUACAGAGCGACUGAGCUAUGACAAGCAGCAGAGCUACAAGAUUAUGGUGACGGCCUUUGACUGUGGUCAGAAGAGAGCAAAGGAGGAUGUGGCUGUGCAUAUUGAUGUCAAGCCUAUUUGCAAACCUGGAUGGCAAGGUUGGAACAAGCGUGUGGACUAUGAGCCAGGGACUGGGAGCAAGCAGCUGUUCCCCAAGAUGCACUUGGAGACCUGUGGCGGUCCCCUGUCUGGCGUGAGGGCGAUGGUGGAGCUGCAGACCAACCACAUCGGGAAGGGCUGCGACCGUGAAACGUACUCUGAAAAGUCUCUGCAAAAACUCUGUGGUGCGGCAUCGGGCAGCACCGACCUCCUUCCUGCCCCCAGCCCUUCCACAAACUGGACGGCGUCUCUGCUGACUGACAGCGGGCGAGACAGCGACCUCAUCUACAGAUUCGACGGGCGUCAGGCUGCCAAUGUUCCAGAUCACGUGGUGCCCCAAAACCUGACAGACCAGUUCACCGUGGCAACCUGGAUGAAACACGGGCCCAGUCCAGGACUCAGAGCUGAGAAGGAAACCUUACUUUGUAACUCUGACAAGACCGAGAUGAACCGCCACCAUUACUCUCUGUACGUCCACAACUGCCGCCUGGUGUUCCUGCUCAGAAGAGAUUUCACUCAGGUCGACACUUUCAGACCUGCCGAGUUCCACUGGAAACUGGAGCAGAUCUGUGACAAGGAAUGGCACUAUUAUGUGAUCAACGUAGAAUUUCCUGCAGUGACACUAUUUGUGGAUGGUGUGACCUAUGAACCCUACCUGGUGACGGAUGACUGGCCGAUCCACACCUCAAAGAUUGAUACGCAGCUGACUGUGGGUGCCUGCUGGCAAGGUGGUGAGGUAGCGACCCCGAGGUUCACCCAGUAUUUCCAUGGCAGCCUGUCAGGUCUGACAAUCCGACCAGGCCGCAUUGAAACCCAGAAGGUUAUCUCCUGUUUGCAGGCCUGUAAAGAAGGCCUUGAUAUUAACUCCCUUGAAAGCCUAGCUAAGGACAUCAAGUUCCAUUUUAACCCUGCCCAGUCUGUGCUGGUGGUUGAAGGAGAGGAUGUGGACAGCAUCAACACAGCCAUGACCAAGGUCUCCUACAUCAACUCUCGCCAGUUCCCCACACCAGGCCUCCGACGGCUACACAUCACCACCACAGUGCAGUGUUUCGGGGAGGACACGUGUCUUUCCAUCCCAGACAUCAAGGCAGUCGUUAUGGUGCUGCCGCCCAGUGAACCGAGAAUCACAAUUACAGGAUCUAAUCGACUCGUCAGGCCUGCCAGUGACCUGCAGGGCCCGCUGGGUGUGGCACCCUUCAAAGAGCUUCACAUCACCAGCACCGUAAUGAAGGGGGACAGCUUCGGUGGAUUCCACAGGCCAGGUGUGAUGGAGGUGAUGCAUAACCUGGACUACUGUGACAUCCUGGUAAUUGGAGAGGAACUGAAUCCUGAGAGAGAGAGUCUGGAGAUUCAUCACAAUGCUUUGUUGGGAAAACACCUGGAUGCCACCAACUCCACCUCUGGAAUUUCAAUAUAUGGUGUGGACUCCAUGGCCCACUAUGAGCAGGCACUGAGACAGGUGCGCUACAAGAACUGGCGACCCGCCACCCUGAGUGAUAGAAGGUUCAGACUCACCUGCUCUGAGCUUAACGGACGUUACACAAGCAACGAGUUCAAUUUGGAGGUCAGUGUUCUUCACCACUCAGCGCCUGUGGAGCAUGUCAAUCAUAUGGCAGCCCAGUCCCAGUACAUGAGACCUGUCCAUCACCCACUCAUGAUACACACUUUCAACUCGCACAUGUCAGGCACAGCACCUCCAGCAGCCACAGUAGUUAUCGUGGUUUGUAUUGCCGCCCUGGUUGUGAUUGUGGUGAUCGGUGUGUACAGGAUCCACACCACACAUCAGGAGGGGUCCAGAGAGGAUGAGGACGAGGUGAAGGACCCUGAGGUGGACUGGGACAACUCUGCUCUCACCAUUACCGUCAACCCCAUGGAGAACAUAAAAGGAGCUCAGGCGCUGGAUGGAGGGGUAAAAGAAGAGAACCGGGAGGAGGAGGAAGACGAAGAGGAUGAAGAACAGGUGGGAGGAAUGACAAGUGCUGAGUCAGACAACAGUGAUGAAGAUGAGGAAGAAGAAGAGGAGAGAGAAGAGGUGAAGAAGAGGAAGCAGAGGGGAAAACUUGAGUGGGACAGUUCCUCCAUAACAUACUGAUGACACACAU